CCAUGCUCCUGUGCUCCCAUGCUCCCAUGCUCCCGUGCUCCCAUGCUCCCAUGCUCCCAUGCUCCCCUGCUCCCAUGCUCCCAUGUUCCCGUGCUCCCAUGCUCCCAUGCUCCCAUGCUCCCAUGCUCCCAUGCUCCCGUGCUCCCAUGCUCCCAUGCUCCCGUGCUCCCGUGCUCCCCUGCUCCCAUGCUCCCGUGCUCCCGUGCUCCCGUGCUCCCGUGCUCCCAUGCUCCCGUGCUCCCAUGCUCCCGUGCUCCCGUGCUCCCAUGCUCCCGUGCUCCCAUGCUCCCAUGCUCUUAUGCUCCCAUGCUCCCAUGCUCCCGUGCUCCCGUGCUCCCAUGGUCCCAUGGUCCCAUGGUCCCAUGGUCCCAUGGUCCCAUGCUCCCGUGCUCCCGUGCUCCCAUGCUCCCAUGCUCCCAUGCUCCCAUGCUCCCAUGCUCCCGUGCUCCCAUGCUCCCAUGCUCCCAUGCUCCCAUGCUCCCAUGCUCCCAUGCUCCCAUGCUCCCAUGCUCCCGUGCUCCCGUGCUCCCAUGCUCCCAUGCUCCCGUGCUCCCGUGCUCCCGUGCUCCCAUGCUACCAUGCUCCCAUGCUCCCACGCUCCCAGGCUCCCGUGCUCCUGUGCUCCCAUGCUCCCAUGCUCCCGUGCUCCCGUGCUCCCGUGCUCCCAUGCUCCCAUGCUCCCAUGCUCCCCUGCUCCCGUGCUCCCGUGCUCCCAUGCUCCCGUGCUCCCAUGCUCCCAUGCUCCCCUGCUCCCCUGCUCCCGUGCUCCCGUGCUCCCAUGCUCCCAUGCUCCCAUGCUCCCGUGCUCCCAUGCUCCCGUGCUCCCGUGCUCCCAUGCUCCCCUGCUCCUAUGCUCCCAUGCUCCAGUGCUCCAGUGCUCCCAUGCUCCCAUGCUCCCGUGCUCCCGUGCUCCCGUGCUCCCGUGCUCCCGUGCUCCCGUGCUCCCGUGCUCCCGUGCUCCCUUGCUCCCUUGCUCCCGUGCUCCCGUUCUCCCGUGCUCCCAUGCUCCCAUGCUCCCAUGCUCCCAUGCUCCCGUGCUCCCGUUCUUCCAUGCUCCCAUGCUCCCAUGCUCCCCUGCUCCCAUGCUCCCAUGUUCCCGUGCUCCCAUGCUCCCAUGCUCCCAUGCUCCCAUGCUCCCAUGCUCCCGUGCUCCCAUGCUCCCGUGCUCCCAUGCUCCCAUGCUCCCAUGCUCCCAUGCUCCCGUGCUCCCAUGCUCCCGUGCUCCCAUGCUCCCAUGCUCUUAUGCUCCAAUGCUCCCAUGCUCCCGUUCUCCCAUGCUCCCAUGCUCCCAUGCUCCCAUGCUCCCAUGCUCCCAUGCUCCCGUGCUCCCGUGCUUCCAUGCUUCCGUGCUCCCAUGCUCCCGUGCUCCCAUGCUCCCGUGCUCCCAUGCUCCCAUGCUCCCAUGCUCCCAUGCUCCCGUGCUCCCAUGCUCCCAUGCUCCCAUGCUCCCAUGCUCCCAUGCUCCCCCGCUCCCAUGCUCCCAUGCUCCCAUGCUCCCAUGCUCCCAUGCUCCCAUGCUCCCAUGCUCCCUUGCCCCCAUGCUCCCGUGCUCCCAUGCUCCCAUGCUCCUAUGCUCCCAUGCUCCCAUGCUCCCGUGCUCCCAUGCUCCCAUGCUCCCAUGCUCCCCUGCUCCCAUGCUCCCAUGUUCCCGUGCUCCCAUGCUCCCAUGCUCCCAUGCUCCCAUGCUCCCAUGCUCCCGUGCUCCCAUGCUCCCGUGCUCCCAUGCUCCCAUGCUCUUAUGCUCCAAUGCUCCCAUGCUCCCGUGCUCCCAUGCUCCCAUGCUCCCGUGCUCCCAUGCUCCCGUGCUCCCAUGCUUCCCAUGCUCCCAUGCUCCCAUGCUCCCGUGCUCCCGUGCUCCAUGCUCCCAUGCUCCCAUGCUCCCGUGCUCCCAUGCUCCCGUGCUCCCGUGCUCCCAUGCUCCCCAUGCUCCCAUGCUCCCAUGCUCCCAUGCUCCCGUGCUCCCGUGCUCCCAUGCUCCCAUGCUCCCAUGCUCCCAUGCUCCCGUGCUCCCAUGCUGCCGUGCUCCCAUGCUCCCAUGCUCCCAUGCUCCCAUGCUCCCAUGCUCCCGUGCUCCCAUGCUCCCAUGCUCCCAUGCUCCCGUGCUCCCAUCCUCCCAUGCUCCCAUGCUCCCAUGCUCCCAUGCUCCCAUGCUCCCGUGCUCCCGUGCUCCCAUGCUCCCAUGCUCCCAUGCUCCCGUGCUCCCAUGCUGCCGUGCUCCCGUGCUCCCAUGCUCCCAUGCUCCCAUGCUCCCAUGCUCCCGUGCUCCCAUGUGAAGGAACUAGCUUGGAAGAGAAAAGAUUGAAUUGAGUAGGGAGCCAAGAGGCUCUUU